CUCACUUCCCUGUACUGACUAUAUCCUCUUCUAACUCACAUAUAUAAGACUGCUGCAGCUUCUUUCAUAAAGCGACACUCUCUAACAACAUCCUACUCGUUUCAAGACUGAUUAAGGCGUUCAUUGGUCAGUGGAAAUCGGGGUGAAAACAUGUCCAGCACAGGAUUUUCAGCAUAUAUGUGGUUGUUUUUUACAUGCUGCUUUUGUUGCAGUAAAGCCAUGCCGAUUAAACCCACCCAGGAGGCUGUGAACGACAGACCAGUGAUCGGCAUUUUGACUCAGAUCGUUACAGAUGAUGUCUUGCAACCAUUCGGGAGGACGUUUAUACCUGCUUCUUAUGUGAAAUUCACUGAGUCUGGGGGCAGCAGAGUGAUGCCUAUCAGAUUGACUCUUACCACCGCUGAGUAUGAAGAAAUCUUCCAAAAGAUAAAUGGUUUGCUCUUUAUUGGAGGAGCAGCAGAUUUGGAGACGUCAGACUUUGCCAAGGUGGCCAAGAUCUUUUACAGACUUGCUUUGAAGGCCAAUGAUGAGGGCGACUUCUUCCCUAUCUGGGGUACAUGCAUGGGCAUGCAACUGCUGACUGUCCUGGUGGCCGGCGAAAAUCUGCUGACAAAGACCCCAGCUGAGAACAUAGCGCUGCCCCUCAACCUCACCACAGAGGCCGGCUCUAGUAGGAUGUUUGAGGGUUUCCCCAACGAGCUCAUGAGGGCUUUGACCCAAGAACCUCUGACUGGCAAUUUUCACCGCUUCGGAGUCACAGUGAAGACCUUCCAGGAAAAUGAGAAGCUGCAGAGUUUCUUCUCCAUACUGUCGACAAACAUUGCAGAGAAUGGAGUCCAAUUUGUCUCAACUAUAGAAGGUAAAAGGUAUCCUUUCUAUGGAGUCCAGUGGCACCCAGAGGUGAAUCGUUUUCAGUGGAGCAGAAACCGAAACAUUCCUCACUCUGCUCAUGCUGUUCAGUUGUCCUCUCUGCUGGCUGGCUUUUUUGUCAAUGAAGGAAGGAGAAGUUUACAUCAGUUUGACAAUCCUGAGGAAGAGGAUGCGUCACUGAUCUACAUGGACACGCCUGUCUACAUUGGGAACAUCACAGGAUAUGAGCAGGCCUAUUUCUUCUGAGCGACUCCGUCUUUGUCUCGCUCUGUGCAUGUACAACACUUUAUAUAUUAUGGUAGGUUUUAUCAUAGCUGGGCCUCGAAACAAGUACUUGUAUAUAGUUUUACUGCCAGUUAAGUGUUUUUUGGGCAUUAGUUAACUCAGAUUUUUGUCAUUUUGGAGACUUCAGAUGUAUGUAGGACUCACAUUCUCUGUAUUAUUUCUAGAUAUUUAGGAGUUUUAGUGACCUCAAGGACAUUUACAGUCUGCUAUUAAAGACCAACAUUUGGUGGAUAUGACUAAUUAUUAAAGGUUAUCAGUAUAAUUAAAUUUGACAAUAUAUUUACCAAUAAAGAGGUUAAGGUUUUUCUGACCAAA